AUGGAGAACGAUAGCUUCUCUUCCGAUUCAUCCGGUGAUGAGGAAAUGGUGAUGAUCAUGACGAGUGAACAAAUCGAAAAAAGCACUCAUUGGAACACGAACAUCAUUGCACCAUAUGCAGCAUUUGAAUCAUGUGGAAUGUUGCUCAGAAAUUUUCAUGCACGAACAGGAAAAUUUCUCUUCCAUGUCAUUCCUUCUAUUAUUACCUCACGAAUCAUUUAUGGUGUUGAACAGAGAAGAAUUCUCGAAACUGAUUUACCAAUUCCGAGAAAUAUUGACGAUAAUAUUAACACACCUCUCUCAGAUGGAGCAUUGUGGUUCACUGUCCAUGAGCUUGCACAUUACGACAAUUUAGAAGAACUACCAAAUUUUAUGGAAAAACUUUCUGCACAAGACACUCACACUCCAUCCACGUAUGAGAUCGUUGCUCUUACAUACAAACAAGGUACUGGUGUGGAAUGGAUCGUUGUGAAACAUCAAGAAGAAAAUUCUGAUCUAGUCAAAGUGUCCACUUUACAGAAAGAUACACAGUAUGAACCUGUAAUUCUUGAAACAAGUAAUAGGGCAAACAUUGCAGUUCAUGUGACCACAUGCACUCCAACGCCAUGUAUUUCUUGUGUUUACAGAAACCAAAAUAACAAAUUGAUGUUGAAUAUAUUUAAGAUGGGCGAAAAGCUUCCGUUUUUUGAAGUAGAAGUGAAAAUGCCUCUUGGAGACAAUGAGGUUACAAGUGUGACAAUCUUGGAAUCUGUAGCCGAGCAAAAUACCAGUAGUAGUAGUGGUAACAGACAAGCGUUUUUGUUGGUUGGUCCCAAAUUAACACAUCUUGGAUCUAUUGUUUCUUUAUUACAAGUUCAACAGAGAAUUGUAAUUUUGGGAUCAAACAAGCUUGUCAUUACAAAAUCUGACGAUACCCAAAAGUUAAAAAAUCUGUCGCGCUCGUUACCAAAUGAAAAAGGUAACAAGAAGCAUAUUAUACCAGGGGUAUUUUGGUGUAACCUUGCAGAGCAUGAAAAUGAACAAGCUCAAAGAAUGUGCUUGAAUGCCAGCUCUACACUUUUAGCUACCAUCACCAACCGGGGUGUGUUGCGAAUAUUUCAAGUUAAUUUUAGUGACGGCAAAUACGAGCUUGCAUUCCAAACCUCGUUUGUUCAUGAAGGUGGAACUAGAAAUUGUCUCUCUUUGUCAUUUGACAAGAAGUUUGCAACAGGCGACAAAAAAACCAGAGAACUUGUCGUUGUUUGUUUUGAGCAAGGACUUGUUUAUGUUGUAGAGCCUAUUUAUCAACAUGCUGUUAAAACAAGCAACAUCAAGCUCGAUUCAGACGAUCUUAUUGAACUUUAA